AUGAUCUCCUUUGUACUUAUUACAAUCUUCCAGUUCGUAACCGGAGAGUUUGAAGUUUGUCUCAACGGUGGAGUAGGACCAUGUAUCAACGGUGCAUGUACCGGAGCGAAUGAGAGAUGUAUAAACACAGCAGAAGGCGAGGUGUGCUGUGAAGAAAGUCAGAUUAGCCCAACGCAAGCGCCCACUACACUUGCAUCGACAACAGUAAGUGGAUCGACAACUGCAAGUACAUCGGCUCCCGCCACAGUGUCUCUUAGUACUGCGGCUCCAGUCACUCUGCCUCCCAUUACUGCAGCUCCUGUACCGUGCGUCGAUCAACCAAAUCCAAGAACGGGAGAGUAUGAAUGUGCCCAUCUGGCACAUUUGUGUUCUGAUUCCAAUUACAACCUUGUUAUGACUAUUCAAUGCCCGAAAACAUGUGGCCGUUGUGACGGCAGUGGAAACAUCAUCUUCUCACCGGCUGUAACAACCUGCGCUGACCGACUCAGUCCUACUGGAAGAUACGAAUGCCCUUCGCUUGCUUAUUAUUGCAACAAUCCCAUCUAUAAGCCGCUUAUGAGACAGCAGUGCCCUCGCACAUGUGGCGUCUGUCGAUAG